AUGGGGCGUGCAAAAUUGAACCUAGAGCUGAUACCUAAGGAGAAAUCUCGGAACGUGACCUUUCUAAAGAGGAAGAAAGGGCUGAUGAAGAAGUUGCGCGAGUUCACAAUCCUAUGCGGCGUCGAAGGCUGCAUGAUAAUAUACAGCGGAGGAGCACCCAAACAUGACGAGGAGAACCCGCCGCCGCCGGUGGAGCCGGUGAUAUGGCCGGAGAACCCCGACAAUGUCCGGAAAGUGAUCAUGAACUACAAAGCCCAUACAAAGGAAGAGCGGGGCCGCCGGACCUCCGACCUCACCGAUUUCUACAAGGACCGAAAGAAGAAGGUUGACGAACAGCUGGCCAAAGUACGCCGGAAAAUGUCCCUGGCUAAGUACCCCACGUGGGACGACCGGAUGGACAGCUUCAGCGGGGCUGAACUGAGUCAACUCGGCUUUUUCUUGGGGAACAAGCUUGAAGACGUGAGGAGAAGAGUUGAGUUCUUGAAGGCAAUCGGUGCGACGUCGAGUAGGAACAAGAACCUUCAGCACCAGGAAUUACCGUCGUCGCUAGAACCUGCUAUGCUUCUGCACCAUCAUCAUCCGACGUUUGAUCAUAUGAGUAGCAUCGUAAAUCCUUCGGCGAUGGGGCUGAUGAUGAACGAUGUCGAUUACUACGGUAACGUUCAUCAGUUGACGUCGGCUUGCGGCGACGGGCAGUAUUACAAUUAUUACGAUCCGACGGCAGCCGGGAUGCUCAUAGCAGACAACAUGGUACUUAACAGCGGCAGUAGUAGUAGUCCAACGCUGUCGUCCGCGGUCCCGUCAAUGUACUACUGUGGAACGGGCAGCGUGCAGCCGAUGCUGCCUUACGCAGCGCAAUCUCCGGCAACGACGUCGUUGGGGUUGGGGCUGUCGCCUUCGCAGCACUCACAGACAGUGCCGCAUGGGGCUGCUUCUCAUCAUCAAUUGGGGAUGGGGGUGUCCUCGCACUCGCAGCCACCACCCUAUGCUCCUUCUCAUCAUCAGUUGGGGGUGCUGGGGGUCUCCUCACACUCCUCUCACGAGUUGGAAGAGUACUACUGUGACUUUGAAAUGAGAAUAAAGAGACAGGGUUUUAGGUUUGGGCCUUAG